CGUCAGUUACUGCGAAUGAAACACAUCUGAAAACGGAGGGAAGAAGAAACAACAAAGAAAGGUAACAGCUUUUGGAUUUUCGAAGAUAGAAUCGCACUCACAACACCGAAAAGGACGCGCCUUUUCCCCUCUUCCCUCUUUCCCAUUCUCCUUCUCUUCUCUUAAUUGCGUGCUCCGUGCUUCUCUCUCUCUCUCUCUCUCAAUAUUCCAAUAUCCAAAUUCCAAAUUCCCCAAAGCUCACAAACACUCUUCAAAUACCAGCGACCACUCCAAUGACAAUUCGCAAUCACCAUUCUCCUCCUUUCCUUUGACUCUCUCUCUCUCUCUCUCUGUGUCUUUAUUUUUUCAAUCUCUGUCUCUGUGUCUCUUCCAAUUUGAAUUGCAAUGGCCAAGGAGAUGAAGGACGUUACUACCAAGUCGUCGCAAAAGGAGAAGCAUCUUCUUCAGAAGCUUCAUUGCUCUGUGAAGAACUACGAUUGGGGGCUUCCGGGUCGGGUCUCCGAGGUUGCCAGGCUAGCCAGGUUGAAUUCCGGGUCUCAAUUGGAUCCGGAGAAGCCCUACGCGGAGCUUUGGAUGGGUACACACGAUUCGGGGCCUUCGUUUCUCGCCUCCAACAAUGGUGGUGAAAUGGUUACCCUUAAGAAAUGGCUCUCGCAGAACCCUGAUUUUCUGGGUGAGAAGGUUCUGCAAAACUGGGGUUGUGAUCUCCCCUUCUUGUUCAAGGUGCUAUCGGUGGCAAAAGCCUUGUCUAUACAAGCACAUCCUGAUAAGGAGCUAGCUAGGACACUGCAUAAGUUGCUGCCUGAUAUGUAUAAGGAUGGGAAUCACAAGCCGGAGAUGGCUCUGGCAAUGACAGAGUUUGAGGCUCUCUGUGGUUUUGUUACACUCAAGGAGCUUAAGGCUUUGAUUCAUACUGUUCCGGAAGUUGCACGAUUGAUUGGGGCUGAAAAUGCAGACCUGGUCUUACGAACCAGUGAUCAGGAUGGUGAAGGGAAGGUAAAAGCUGUUUUGCAGGCAGCAUUCACACACCUAAUGUCAGCUAAUAAAGAAAGAGUCACUGAAGCAGUAAAUAGUUUGAAAUUUCGUCUCCAUGAUGAAAGCAAGGUGAGACAGUUGACAGAUAAGGAGAAGCUGGCGCUGCAGUUGGAAAAGCAAUACCCGGCAGAUGUCGGUGUCAUUGCAGCAUUCUUUCUGAACUAUGUAAAACUUGCUGCUGGUGAAGCCUUGUUCCUUGGCGCAAAUGAGCCACAUGCAUAUUUAGCCGGUACUUGUAUUGAAUGCAUGGCAACUUCGGACAAUGUAGUGCGAGCCGGCCUAACUCCCAAACACAGAGAUGUCCAGACUCUUUGUUCCAUGCUCACAUACAAGCAGGGCUCUCCCGAGAUCCUGCAAGGAGUUCCUCUUAAUCCAUAUGUAAAUAGAUAUACACCGCCAUUUGAGGAAUUCGAGAUUGAUCGAUGUAUUCUUCCCCAAGGGGAAACAGUUGUGUUCCCAGCAGUCCAAGGUCCUUCAAUUUUUUUGGUCACAACUGGUAAAGGAAUGAUGAACAUAAAAGGAGGAUCACAAAAAGGACAUGAAAUAACUGAAGGUGAUGUUCUUUUUGCAGCUGCUAACAUUGAGAUUAGCAUCAUUAGUGCAUCCAAGUUGCAUCUGUACAGAGCAGGGGUUAAUAGCAAAUUUUUUCAAGCUCCCUGAGUUUCAACAUUGCACCUUUUUUUCGCCAUAUUGGAGUUGUGUCAUAGGUAAUAAUAGCACGUUUUACUUUAGUGUACAUGUUAGAGUAAUAAUAAGAUCAUAGAGUUUGUUAUCAGGUUUGAGGGAAAGUGCAUUCACUAUAGAGAAGAGGAUUGUCUUAAUGUAUUUUUUUUAUGUUCAAUUUGUUUGUUGUUAAUAUAAGGGUAAGUAUUCAUUUUAUGUCUUAAAUGUAUUCUAUUUAUCGACUAAUAAUCAAUAAAUGAAGUUCCUCCAAAAUAUUCUGAUCU